AUGGUCUACCGAGGGAAGCCAAGUCCCGCUUGCGAACCUUGCCGCACUAGACGCCUUAAGAUCGUGGCGUGCCAGGGUCCACCUCUCAUAGGGCGCUGGUUGAACCAUAUAGAAGGAGGCGUGAAGCUGAUUGAGCUGCGCGGGGCCGAUCAGCUAAAUCGUCAAGCCGGGUUAGAGCUUUUUACGCAGCUCCGACUGCAAAUUGCAUUGGGUAACAUAUAUAAAAAAGCCAAAACUCCGUCAUGGCUCCUGGACUUGUCCCGAGAAGCCCUAAAGUACCGCGGGGAUACCGGAGACCAAGUACUCGACUACUUCUUUCGCAUACUGGUCGAAGUCGGUAAUCUGGUCGCAGCGAUUAGAGAAAACACUUAUGAUCAUUCGGCCACGGUUCUUCGUAGUGCUCUCAAUCUCGAUGCGGAGUUGAUUACAUGGGCGAUGAGCAUCGACCCGAGAUGGAAAUACACCGUCGUCGAGGUGAAGAAGACCGACGAUGAGGACCAUAGGCUCCAUCCCAUCUACGGCGAUCAUUAUCAUGUUUAUCCCAACAUGAUGGUGAGCAUGGUUUGGAACAAUUAUCGCUUCACGCGCAUCAUUCUUCAUGAGGUCAUUCCAUUCCUCUGCAGCCGUCAAUCGCAGGAAUUGGGAAGGGCACCUACGCACGGGCCGAGCGAGGCACACAGUGCAGCCAUCACCCAGCAAUUGGCGGAGGAUAUAUGUGCCAGUGUGCCAUACCAUUUAGGCAAGGCCGGCUCAUCGGAUGGCUCAACUCUGGGCAUUCCGUUUGCUGGGGGCGUACUUCGCUUAAUGUGGCCUUUGUUUAUCGCAUCGGAUUGCCAAGGUUCAUCGCCGGAGAUGCGGGCAUGGAUCGCGCAGUGUCUCGACAAAAUUGGACAUGGCGUUGGGAUCAAUAUGGCACUGACCAUGGCUCAGAUCCUUCGGGAUGAUAUGCAUCUAAACUGGAUGUCUGAGGGAGAACCUAGUAUAGUGAAACGAUGCCGAGAGCCAUACAUUUUGCGUAACGCGUCAUGA